GUGUCAUUGAAGUAAUUCCACCUUAAAACAGAAGAACGAUGAUCCUUUUCCAUUUGAUGCUUUAUCUGUGGCCAACCAGCAAUGCUAUAGAUGAAAGACUUUUGAAGCCCAACAUCAUCUUGUUCAUGGUUGAUGACCUUGGCAUUGGAGACUUGGGAUGCUAUGGAAAUACAACUCUAAGAACUCCCAAUAUUGACAAGUUAGCCAAAGGGGGUGUAAAACUGACUCAACAUAUAGCAGCUUCUCCAUUAUGUACACCCAGCAGAGCAGCUUUCUUGACAGGCCGAUACCCUGUCAGAUCAGGAAUGGCUAGUCUGAAUCGGCUUGGAGUCUUCUUAUUUUCGGCCUCUUCAGGGGGACUGCCUGCUGAAGAAAUAACGUUUGCAAAGCUUCUUCAACAGGAAGGUUAUUCCACAGGCCUUAUAGGCAAAUGGCAUCUUGGUAUAAAUUGUAACAGCAGUCAUGAUUUCUGCCACCAUCCCUUAAAUCAUGGAUUUGAUCAUUUCUAUGGAAUUCCUGUGAACAAUAUUAGAGACUGCAGACCUGGGCAUGGAAGUGUCUUUAUCAAAGGAAUUAAAAUGUAUAUUCCCUCAAUCCUCCAGAUGACUGGAAUUGCUGUAAUAACUUUGGAAGUUAUGCGUUAUCUUGGCCUUCUCAAAAUUCCAUGCAGAGUGAUAGGCUACUUAUUUUUAUUGGCUGUUGCAUUAGUGGCAAUCGUGCUCUUCUUCUUUAACAACUUUCGGCAUCUAAAUUGCUUCUUGAUGAGAAAUUACAGUAUUAUCCAGCAACCAUGGACUUAUGAAAACCUAACUCAGAGAUUUACAGAAGAUGCCAAAUAUUUUAUAAGAAGGAAUACUGAUAAACCAUUUCUUCUGUUCCUGUCAUACCCUCAAGUCCAUACAGCUCUUUAUGCAUCACCAGCUUUUAGAGGAAACAGCAAACAUGGCUUAUAUGGGGAUGCUGUGGAAGAAAUGGACUGGAGUGUAGGACAGAUUCUCCAUGUAUUAGAUCGAUGGAACUUAAGUGGGCAAACUCUUGUAUACUUCACAUCAGAUCAAGGAGCACAUCUUGAAGAAAUAUCAGACAAUGGAGAAGUUCAGGGUGGUUUUAAUGGAAUAUUUAAGGGUAGGAUCCAGCUUUUUACUAUUGUUUCACAAAUUCUGUACAAUUGUCCUUAUAGUUGGAGUAACCUACAUUUUUAAAAAGUGAAUAUAGAUUUAGGAGACAGCUAUAAAUACAGUUCUUUUGUUGGAACAUUGUAGUCAUAGCAGCAGGGCCAGGCCUGUCAUUAGACAGAUAAUGGGGAACAGCAAGAAGUAGUGAUGUGAUGAAACAUGCCAUUACCUCUGAUAUGCAACCAAUGGUGUCUGUAGGUGGAGGGGGGAGUAAAAAUAACAAUGCAACAAAUUUGAUGUUGUAUUCAAGCACUUUUGUACAUGAGUUCAUGUCACACAUAUGCACAAAAGAGGUAGAGUUUGCAUCAUAACACCACAUUCACCAUUUUUUUCUUUUUUAUUUUGACUCCCCUUCCCUCCCCAUUUUUUUUUUUUCCUGUGCCUUCAA